ACACACACAAGGCUCCUUCCUACCCUGUCUCCGGCCCUUAUAUAUACUACUCUCUCUGACUCUCUCUCUCUCCAAAAAGAAAGGGAAUAAAUUGAAAAGGAGAAGAUCAGAGAAAUGGGACGUUCGCCUUGUUGUGAGAAAGCUCAUACCAACAAAGGCGCCUGGACAAAGGAAGAAGACCAACUCCUCAUCAACUAUAUCCGUCUUCAUGGCGAAGGCUGCUGGCGCUCCCUUCCUAAACCCGCUGGAUUGCUAAGAUGUGGGAAGAGUUGCAGAUUGCGGUGGAUAAACUACCUCAGGCCUGACCUCAAGAGAGGCAACUUUACUCAACAAGAAGAUGAGUUGAUCAUCAAGCUCCAUAGCCUCCUGGGAAACAAAUGGUCUCUGAUAGCGGCAAGAUUGCCUGGAAGAACUGACAAUGAAAUCAAGAACUAUUGGAACACACAAAUUAAGCGCAAGCUCAUUAGCUGCGGCAUUGACCCACAAACCCACCGGCCACUGGACGCUUCCGCCGCCGCCGCCAGCUGCGGCGGCGCCACCAAGCCUGAAAAUAUUUCUCUGGACCUGAGUAGCUCAACACCAUCACAAGAGGAGACUAAAUGCAGUAGUGGCACGACAAGCGAGGAGUCUCAUCAUCAACCACUGAAAGAUAAGCAAAGAAAUGAUGAGCAGAUGGCUGGUCUUGAUUUGUCUAUAGGACUAGCAUUGCAUCCCAAGACAGAAGAUUCUGCCGAUUCAACAGCUUCCGGCGGGUUGCUGCUGGUUGCGCCGCCGCCGCCAGCCGCCGUGGAGCUUAGUGUGACAGAAGCAGUGUGUUUGUGUUGGCAGUUGGGAUCCCGGAGUGGUGGGUUGUGCAAUAAAUGCCAUGCCACAAAAUGCUUCCUUGGAUAGAUAGCCAACCCUUUUAGUUGCAAAAGAGUUUUUAGGCAUGGAUUCUGCUCACAAAAUGCAAAAUUUUCUCGGUCCUAAAGUGACCUUCAUUAUUCUUCUUUGAAAUACUAUCUACUGAAUCAGAAACCUUCAUCAUUCUUGUUCACAAGUUUGGUAGAGGGAGUUGACUGAUAGUAAAGUUAAACUAUUAAUUUAUUUUGAAUUGAUCAACCAGUAGAACUGUGUCUUUAGAGUAAAUUUUUAGACAUAUAUAGAUAAAUUUUUAGACAUAUAUAGAUAAAUGUUAAUGUAUGUUGGCUCUUUUCCAUUUUCCAAAUGUAAUCAUCACUAUAAUGUUAAAGAGUAAAAUCUUUGUACCCAAUA